GAUCCCACAGUUCAGAAGGUGGGUGGAGGCAGGAAGAAGACGGUGUCCUUCAGCAGCAUGCCCUCUGAGAAGAAGGUUAGCAGUGCAGCAGACUGUUUAGCCUUCAUGCAGGGUGGAUGUGAGCUGAAGAAGGUCAGGCCAAACUCCAGGGUCUACUGUCGUUUCUACACACUGGAUCCAGACCUCAGCUGCUUACGCUGGGAGCCAUCAAAGAAGGAUGGGGACCGGGCCCGGCUGGACGUGAGCAGCAUUCGGGAGGUUCGCACCGGGAAGAGCACCGAGACCUUCCUUCAUAAUGGCCACAUUUCUGAACAGCUAGCUGAGGAAGCCGCAUUCUCCAUCAUGCAUGGAGAUGACUACCAGUCUCUGGACUUGGUUGCGCUGUCGGCCGAUGUGGCUAACAUCUGGGUGACAGGUCUUCGAUACCUGUUGGCCCACCCCUUAGUCAUCGGAGCAGGUGGGGGAGGAGGGCCAAGUGAAGGAGGGGGUGUGGCUGUAGAAGGAAGCCCAGGAAACAAGAUGAGGACUGAUUGGCUGGUAGCAGAAUUUGCUCAGGUGGACGAGGACGGAUACGGCAUCGUUUCUGAGGAUGUGGCAGUGAGCACCAUCUGUAAACUCUGUCCAGGAAUCAAGGAGGCCAAGGUACGUCUUCGGUUCAAGGAGAUACAGCGCAGUAAGGAGAAGCUGACCUCUCACGUGACGCUUGAGGAGUUCCAGGAGGCUUACUGCGAGCUCUGCACCCGGCCCGACGUCUACUUCCUGAUGGUGCAGCUGUCCAAGGAUCGAGAGUGUCUGGAUCCUCAGGACCUGCGUCUCUUCCUGGAAACAGAGCAGGGUUUAUCUCUGUCCACAGCCGAGGGCUGUUUAGAGUUACUGAGGCGCUAUGAGCCUUCGACCCAGGGCAGAGAGCUGGGCCUGCUGGGCCUGGACGGCUUUGCCCGAUACUUGCAGUCCACAGAGUGCCAGCUGCUCGACCCGGAGCACCUGGGGGUGUGUCAGGACAUGACAAUGCCUCUGUCCCACUACUACAUCAGCACCUCGUAUCGCUCCUACCUGCUGGAUGAUCAGGUCCAUGGCAAAGCUGAUCUUGGGGGCCUGAUCAAGGCUCUGCAGGCAGGCUGCCGAUGCCUGGAACUGGGAGUUACUGAUGGACCGGACGGGGAGCCUGUACUUGGGGUUGACUCUGACCCAAAUGCUCCACUCAACCUCCAUCACCACCAUCAUCAUCACCACAGUCCUGUCCCUAUUCGCUCUGCCCUGGAGGUGGUCAACAAAUAUGCUUUCCUAACCUCUCAAUACCCCCUCUUGGUGUAUUUGUGCCAGUCUUGCUCACCUGGCCAGCAGCAAACACUGGCAGAGCACCUAAAGAAGGUUUUUGGUUCCCGUCUUUACAUUCCAGAGGCCUCAGCUGUUAGCCUGGGAGGGCGAGCCACAACCUUACCAUCUCCCAAGCAGCUGAAGGGUCGCAUUCUAAUAGUGGGAAAGAAGCUCCCUCUAGAGCAUGAUGGCUGCGAUGGGGAGGUGUCAGAGGAGGAUGAGGAGAUAGGAGGAGGUGGGCCACUUGCUGGAAGGCGAAUGACCAUCCCUGGUGAAGAGGAACUUGGUGUGGUCUUGGUGGUACCACCACCUUCCCAACCCAGGAGGCUCCCUCUCCAUAAAGAGCUGUCCAACCUUGUGGCCGUUGCUCGCAUGGGCAGCCACAGCUUCUAUACCCAAAGAUCCAUUCAGAAGCAGUCACCACCCAGCAGUCCGUCCUCUCCGAGCACGCUGCCGCCCCCAGAACCGCCUUAUUGGACACUGUGUUCAUUGGGAGAAGGAGAGGCUGGGAGGCUAACCAGUGAGAGCCCAGAGGAGCUUGUGAUGUUCACCAAGCACACCCUAACCAGGGUGCGACCCAGUACAGUGCGACUAGACUCCAGCAACCCCAACCCACAAGGAUACUGGAAAGUAGGGAUCCAACUUGUGGCCUUGAACCAACAGACUUCUGGUGCCAUGUUGGACCUACACAGGGGUCGUUUCUCACAGAACGGUGGUUGUGGUUAUGUUCUCCGACCUGCUGUGAUGAGGGAUGAAGUGUCAUAUUUCAGUGCCCAUACACAGGGCUGCGUCCCAGGAGUUCCACCUCAAACCCUACGUGUUAAGAUUAUUAGUGCCCAUAACUUACCGAAGCCUCAGGGAUCAGGAGCUAAGGGAGAGUUCAUUGACCCCUAUGUGGUUCUGGAGCUGCACGGCGUUCCAGCUGACUGUGCCGAACAGCGCACACGUACCGCUGCACAGAACCAGGACGACCCACUGUUUGAUGAGACCUUUGAGUUUCAAGUCAACAUGCCGGAGCUGGCCCUGCUGCGCUUCGUGGUGUUGGAUGAUGACUACAUCGGAGAUGAUUUCAUUGGACAGUACAGUGUCGCCUUCGAGUGCCUUCAGUCCGGCUAUAGAAACGUGCCCCUGCUGGACCUGGCAGGAGACCCCUUACCCCACACCAGCCUGUUUGUCCAUGUGGCAGUCACUAACCGGCCAGGCGGCGGAAAGAACCAGCGCCGCGGUCUGUCGGUGAGAAGGGUCGGGAAACGCGGUCGGGACCACGUCACACUGAGGCAUACUGGCAUCAAGGCCAUGGAUGAGACUUUCAAACCUGCCGGCGCCGCCCUCAGAGAGGCAGCAGACCUGAGGGAGGAGGCUCAGAAUGCGACAGCUGCCUUCAAAGAGAACUGUGGUCUCCCCACGUCGGCCAAACUCAAGCAGUGCAUCCAGAGUCUGGCCACCAGGCUGCAGAGCCCCGAGGGCAGCGUGGGGGUCAGCAUGGCGCUGAAGGAGGGCUACCCAUGUCUGGAGCCGCUCUUAGCCGUCUCAGAGGCGACCCGCAAACUGCUCACCGCCUACGACACGAUGAUCACCGCCCAGAAGCAGCUGAUCGAAAAUGCAGAUGGUGUUCAGGAGAAGGUUGCUCAGGUGCAGAGAGAAGGUAUGUAUUUUCAUGAGGACCUGAGUCGGCUCGGGGAGAAAGAGGGACUAAAGGGACGGAAGCUGGACAAAGCUGUGGAGAGUUUCACCUGGAACAUCACUGUGCUGAAGGGUCAGUGUGAUCUGCUACGAGGAGCAAAGUUGGAUUCUGUGGACGCUCUGAGGCAGAUUGCUCUGGCCUGUGAGGCCUGUGGACUCACCGCCGUCUCCUCCCCCUCCGCCUUCUCCACAGCCGAGGUGCACUACACCCCCCACUGCCCAGCUGCCCAGCGGGGCAGUGCACAUGGAAACGGGCGCAUCUGACAGACGGUCUGGAGCAGCUUGCUGCCUGAUGGAGUUUAGAGCUUGGCCUCGAGCCGCUGCAGCGUGCGUGUGGAACAGUCGACCCUUUAAAGCCUCACAGUUUCUGUGAACAUCCAGCCUGCAGAUGCUCUUCGUGAAUGAUGAACAAACCAGAAGCUGCUCCUCACGGGUCCUGGAACCUGUGAUGGGUUCUGCCUGCCUGCUGCAGAGAUCCAUGUGUGAACUUACUGACGGCCUCAGAGAAAAGGGACAGUUACAGACGGUUUGUAUGUUCACAGUGGAAGAGACAUUAUUAACAUCUGCUUCAGCACCUUGGACAGAGAACAAGAUUUAGUGUGUGUGCAUGGGUGUGUCGGUGUGUGUGUGCUUGUGUGUGUGUGUGUCAAUGUGUGUGUGUCUGUGUGUG